GACCAGGUUGUGCACCCGCUGACCCGAGCCUUUUGUUUCCCCCUCCUUCCAGCCGGUUCGUGUGUCCUGCGCUCGGAGAGCAAGCAGCGACUUUUUCAUGUCGAGCAAGAGCUCGGUGUCUGGGAGGAACACAGGCUUCGUCCUCCCACAUGUGGUGAGAUUAUGACACCACACACAGCCCAUUGUGCAUGCUUGUGGCCAUAACAUACACAAAUAUGCUUGCUGUGAGGACAAGGGUGGGAGGUGGGAGAUCAGCUCUGAACUAUUGCAGAUGACACUGUGUGUGAGUGUGUUGGUUGCAGGCCUGGCAGGAGGGGCUCUUCGGCGUCCUGUAAGCACGAGACUACUGACACAAGCACACACAACGAACACACUCACAGCGCCAGGACGGCACCAUCCACUGCAUAUGUCCUACAAUGGUCUCUGCAAUGGAUCUUGCGUUGUGUCGUGCUUCCUAUCGUGCAGAUAUGUGUUGGAUUCCGCGCGUGAGACGGCCGAUGACGCCACCUUCCGCCUGACACAUGUCUUUUUCAACGUCCUGGCGCUUGUCGUGGACGCAGGGUGCGAUACAUGUAUGGUCCACGCGGCGAUUUGCAUAUCCCUUUCUGCUGUUUGGAUGUGUCCCUCCCUCCCACCAACGCACAGUCAGCUGAUUCCGUUGCUGACAUCUCCCACCGACGCACGCGUGUUCAAGUGCCGCCAGUUCGACCUCUUUAACGUCAAAUGCCUCUUCAUGCUCAUCACCAGCCCGUUCGAGGCGCUCGCCGGAAACAACAAGAUCCAGUACACCAUCGUGGUUGUAUUGCUGAACCUGGUGAUGGUCGUUGCGCUGGUAAACGGCAUCAUCGUGGCGCACACAUUCCGCACACGGCAGGUCAACCUCAUCACGCCGAUCGUCAUCAUCAGGGGAUUCGUCAGAAUACUCGUGUGCGCCAGCAACGCUUAUACACACGAUCGGACAUGGAUUGAGAGAUUUGAUCUGUGUGUGCAUAUGGGUGGGUCGAUCAGCACGGUGUUCUUCACGAGUGCGGUGGCUCUGCUUGCUAGCACCGGCUCGUGCGGCUACGUGAGGGAGAAUGUCAGGGAUUUCAACUGCUUUGGACCGGAACACACCGUCGGUAUCCUGCCUGCCCUUAUGGGGGAGGGACCUGGCUGCAAAGCAAGGCCGGCGUCACCACCUCUGUCUCUCUUUCUGUCUGUCUGUGUCUCUGUCCACCUGUGUGUGUGCAGUCUUCAUCUGGUCGAUGCUGUCUCUUGUGUGGAUGAUCCCCUUUGCCCUAGCCGUCGCACGUACGCAUCAGCAGAUAGAUCAGCCACAUAUGCCGCGUACAUCGAUCAGCUCUGUGUGUGUGUGUGUGUUGUCGGCGUGGAUGGCCAUGCAGUGCUGUACAACAAGUUCGUCCCAUUCGUGUACGACCAGUCGGCGGCGGCCCACGGGCGGAACGAGGUGCUGUUCAUGGCCACCAAGGUGCUGGUCAACAUCAACUUCAUCAUCUGCCGCAACGCCACCGACUACUGCCGCUACGGCACGGUCAUCAACUUCCUCUGCCUCUCGGCCGUCGCCAUCGGCUCACUCAUGCAGGCGCCAUUCCACGUCGGGUCAGUCAGUCGUCUGUCAAUCCAUCCAUACCCCUCCAAGCGUCCAUCUGCAUGACGUGGCGUGACGUGGCGUGGCAGGUACACGAAUCGGAUUCGUCUGGGCAGUCUGUUUUUCCUGGUGCUGUUCUCGCUGGACCCUUUCAUUCCGACGCUGGGCGGCAACCGCAGCCUCAUGUUCGGAAUGUGCGCCCUCUUCGCCAUCUUCGGUCGGUCGGUCGGUGGGCGGGAAGCCAGAAACACACACACAUGGAUUGAUGGAUGGAUGGAUGGAUGUCCGUGUGAUGGAGAAGGCUACUCGAUAUCUCAGGUGCGCAAGAAUCAGUACCAGGAGAAGCUGAUAUCCGAGAUGCACGAGGCCCACAACCAUUACUCGUCAGUCAGCCAUGCACGACGCACAGCAGCCCGCAUCCAUCCAUCCAUCCAUCAUAGCACAUCUGUCGACUCCCUGCCUGUUGGCGCUGCAGGGAGACCUACUUGUCCAUCCUGACCACAAUCAUCAACCCCGCCCUCGCCGGUAGGUACGGCUGUCGAUCGACCUCUGUAUGGCUGCCUGCACCGACAUCAUUCAGACACGAUCCCCAAGUUCGCGCAGCAGGCGACGUCUCAGGACGUCCGUCGUGGCGGCGGCGGCGGGACCUCGCCACGAAGCAAGAAGAAAAUCAAAAAGAAACAGGCCAGGACCACAGCCGAGGAGGCGAAGCCCGACCCUUCACCAAUGGCCCUCGUGCCUGUCAGACAAGACGACGCACUGGGUAGGUAUCCAAAAAGAUGUACACGGAUACACGCAGACAUGGUCGCUUUGAGUGUCUGUGUGUCUGUGUGUCUGUCUGUCUGAUGUAGCUGCGGGUGCUGGGUCUGAGCGCGGAGCGGCUGACGAGUAUCAGAAGCUCGAGGAGCAGAUUCAGCACAAGCUGGCCAGCCGGCACUUUGUCAACUCCGUCAGCGAGAGGCUGCUCUUCGAGACGGACAUCGAACUCAUACUGAGAUACUUCAGGUCCUCGCUGAGCCCGGCCAGACAUGUAUAUCAUGACAUUGUACGAAUUGCCACUAUCAUCCAUCUGUGCGGUGCGUGCAGAGACAAUUGGUCCAACUUCAGUCAGCAGGAGCGGGAUGUGGCGCACAUGGUGAUGCUUGAGACCUUCAUCGUCAUGCUGCAACGGUCGCACUAUAAGGCAUUCGCACUCAUAUGGUACGGGUGUCUUGGAUUGGGUGGGUGAGACAUUUGGCUGGCACUCUGUGUGUGUGUGGUGUGGUGUGGUGUGGUGUGGUGUGGCAGGUAUGCAUUGGUGUCAAAGGAAUACUUCGGUGAGACCGUGUCGAUAUAUGGCUACAUCAAGAAGGCCCACGAGACGGCGGGAAAGUGCCAGCUAGACAUAAAGUACCUCUGCUUUUUCCUCGAAAAGGAGAUCGAAGCUACCAGGUACAAAUGCGCACCCACCCCCAGAGAGAGAGAAAGAGGGAGAGAGAGGGAGAGAGGGCACACUCUCCGCCGCCCGUCGAUGCGCAAUGCAGGCAGUCUCAGUCCAUGGGUGGUGACACCAAGAUGAACCUCGUGGAGUUGAUGACGUAUCGCAAAUGGCGGCAAGCUGCCAAGAUCAACCACAUCAAGGCCCUGCAGUCCCUCAGCCGCUUCUGGAAGGUCAUGUCGGCAAGCGACAUGUCGCCCGCCGGCCGCUCCAAGGGCACAACCAACGAAAUGAAGAUACUCAUCACGGGACUAAGAGCCGUUAGGGCAGCUGGUGAGACGAACGGCAACCAAAACAGUUGCACUCAUAUUCCUCUCGUCGCGCUCAGAUGCGGCCUACAACACGCUGAUUGCGAAAUACCCGAAGAAUCCUUCAAACUGGCUGCUGUACACAAUGUUUGUGAAGGUGGCUUUGAUGGACCGUGCCCGCGCAGCCCAGAUGCUGCAGGAGAAAAAACACGGCGACGACUACCGCGGCGAUGCUGCCUCGUCAUCACACGCCAGCGGAGAGGUGCACCCGACAGUGAGACACAAGAUGCGUUCGCAGCAUUGUUGUGGUGCGUGUGUGUGUGUGUGUUAGGGUGGCACCAGCACUUACGUGAGUCACCGUGAGGAGGUGACCUGCAAUCUGGAACAGAGGAAGCUCUCAGGGCUGAACGUGCUGCACCUUGUCUCGCUUCUCGGGUAUGGGAUCGAAAUGCUGACUGACACGACUGCCUCACGUCUCACAUGCCGGUAUGGUGUGUGGCCGGUUGAUGUUGGAUGCAUGUGCUGUGCGUGCAGUUGUGUCUUCUUGUUGGUGAUGGCUGGCAUCACCCACUGGGUGUCAGAGACGAGAAUGGAAUACACCUACAGGAAGCUCCAAGACCUGGUGAGCGAUCCGGCCAUGUGCGCGCAUCCAUCAUCCACACGGGUGAUUGGGUGAUUGUGUGUUUACAGGACCACAACAGUCAGCCACUGACCCAGUGGUUUACACACGUUCACAACCGUAACACGUUUGGGCUGUGUUUACAGGCGUGAUGCUCAACCUGUGGACCGAAGUCUGUAUUCAGCUGAAUCUGGUCACCAUCUACCAAGCCGCCAACCACGACAAGUACCCCUCAGCGUACGGGAAGCUCCUUGAAGCCGACGUAAGCGUACUGAUCCACCAGCAAACAGACACACACACGUUUGUCGUGUGUCCAGCUGAUCCUUGCGCGCAAGGCGGAGGAAAUCGCGACGUCGUCCAACAGGAUCGCCAACUUCGCCCAGAAGGAAGGCAUGGACGACAUCUUACUCAAGUAUCAGGAGCCCAACCUGAGGAUAAGAUUCUUCCGCAGCGAUCGUAAGCGUGUGUGCGCUCGUCUGUGCACAAUGCACGAAUUCGUGCAUUGUGCAGAGAGCAGGUAUCACCGGGAGUUGUCGUUCCAAGAGAUGGUGUCCGAGUACGUUAGUGCUUGCAGAAAAGUAACGACCGGCCGACCGAAGCGACUCACUUGUUUGCAUGUCUGUCUGUCUGUCUGUCUGUGCGUGCACGUAUGUGUGGGUGUGUACAGGUGGUCCACGAUCUCGAGACGGAGGGCCGUGUGUCGCUCGAGUCGCCUGACCUGCGGUUCGUCAGCGAGCAGUGUGCGGGCGAACCCACGGCGGAGCUUCUUACCAUCAUGAGAAUGCAGGUUGACCACGUAGGGAUCCACAACAAACAAGCAACGCUUCUUUGUGUGGAUGAGGGGUAGGGUAUCAUGCCUUUUGUUUCAUCAGGCUCAGGAUGCGCUGCAGACAUCGAUAAACGUGCUGGGGGCUUGCAAUGCCUUCAUCAUGUUCGUGUCGGUCGCCACGCUGGUGUUCAGCAUCUAUAUCAUCUCGAGGGGCCUGGGCGAGUACGAUCGCUGGGCGUCCCUUCCCGUCGUUAUGCAGGCAAACAACAAACACACAACCUGCUGUCGCAAUCACCGCAUCCCUCCUUGGUGUCUCUGUCCCUCAGAUUGCACACACGCUCACUGCUAUCGAAAGGAGGAAGCUGCGCAAAGAAUUCAGACGGGUCAGUCAGUACUCCAUUCUUCCUUCCAGCAUCACCUGGACUGCAUGCCUCUCUUUGAUGCUUGGUUGAUUGUUUGCUUUGCAGGCGGCGAAAGAGCCUGCUUUGCAGGCGGGAGAGGAUGACCUGGCCGAAGUGUUAGAGGAGUGGAUCAAACGUGAUAGCGUAUCGGUACGCCCACACAGCACUGCCGCCCGCUGCACACGUCCAUCAAUCACAAUCACCCCCUCUUCUGUGUCGGUCUUGUACACAAGAGGCGCAGAAGCACCCUGAUGGACGCCGACAAGCUGCCUCAACCCUCCGAGAGCGCACCACCGCCCCCACAGCCACUGCAGCAGCCUCCGCCUCCGGCAGAUGACGGCUCAGCGCCUCCCCAGUACCCGUCUCCGAACUCCUCUCCACCGCUUCCCGUCUGUCAGGAGAAGAUCACCCGCAGGGUGACAGGAUUCCCCCGCGGACCGGCCGAAGCUGAGGAGGGUGAAGAGGCGGACGAGAAGGACACGGAAAACCAAGGCGAUGUCAAAGAGGAGCCGCAGGGGGAGAGAGUGCAGCAAGAGGAGCCGGAGCACGCUGAGCGGCAGGAGGACCUGAGCCGAAGGCAAUCGUUGGACCGCGCCACUGUCAUGAAGGCGAUACGGCGGGCAUCCGUCACCCACAUGUCGUUGUCGGACAAGCGUCAAUCGGCGGCUGACUCGCCCCAAAUAGUCGUCUCACCCCCUUUGGCUGCAUCCUUAUCUGCUCGCUUCGCUUCAUUCCCCGACUCAGCGUCACAUGAAGAGGUGGAGGAGGGCGUGGUGACCGCUCGGAUCAGGGACAGCCCUCAGAUGAACAGCGGUACUGAAAAGCUGAAGAAGAAGGUGUCCUUCCACGGCGACUCGCCACGAAAAGGGCUCAUGUGCCCACCUGUGGGCACAAUUGGCGGUGACAUGCCAUUGGACUUCUUCCCCCAGGACGACAUCGGCGCCAUGGCCCUUCCGGUCUGCCAGUCAUCCUCCGGCACCUCGUCGCACUGCAUCUUGUCGUCCCGACAAGACGUGUCUCCUACAAACGUCGGCAACAACGAUGUGGCGCCUGACGACCACAAGGGGCGAGAAGGCGGAGAGGCCAGGAGCCCGGAGAUUACACACGAAGCUAUUCUGCCGCUGGAGCCACCGACGGACACAGUGACCCCGGGAGCCAGCGUGAUGGACGCCGAUAACAGAGACGCAGAGCCGCCAGAGGUUCCCCGAGCUGCGCUGCGACUCCCGAUUGAGCGCGCUGGCGGCGUGGCUGCCAUCAGGAAAGGCUUGUUCAACUUGGCCAGGGCCAAGCCGACCGAGGCCGUGGAGCCGGUACCUGCGAAGGACGAGAAGAAGGGCGCGGCAGAUGCUGGGACACCUGGCAGCAGGGGGUCCAUGUCGCCAGGAAGAAAAGCGCUCCAGUACGCCAAGGCCGUCUACCGCAACUCGAUGUAGGAAUGCUCCACUCACCAUCGCACAGACAGACGCAGGGAGAGCUGUGCUCAACUGGCUGUGUGUGUGCGUGCGUGUGUGUGUGUGUGGUGUCAGCGAGACGGUGAGUGAGUUGGUGGAGGAGGCGCACAGGAUGUCUGAGGAGCUGCGGGCCAAGCCGGGGUGGGGAAGGGCCUUCGACUGCGUGACGACCUCGUGUCGCAUCGUAUGGUCGUCCGUUGCGGGGAAGGUCUCCAAGUGGAUCUCACUCAUAUGGCUGGGCAUGCUCACGUGGGUCAUCGUCAGGCUCAUCCUCACGCUCGACAUGAUGAGCGUGAGUGCGGCGGGCUUUAGGCACAACCACAUGCAUCUGUCUCUGCCACAUGUGUCCGUGUGUCUCUGUGUCUGUGUCUCCCUCUCUGCAGUCAUUGAGCGACCGGAAGCACAUAGUCUCAGAGCUGAAGGCUCUCCAGUUCCACAUAAGGGAGGUGGCGGUCCUGGCACCCGACGUCGUGGAGAGAGACAGGUUUCCCUGGCGGACACUCAUCAGCACAUCGGGGCCCGACGGCGCAAGAGAGCAAUUCUGGUACAACCUGCACGUUGCCGAUGAAGAAUUCGGCGAGCUUGUGCACGGAGAAAGUACAAAGAAGGCCGGUGGCGGCGGGAUUGGCGGAACUUCAAGCUCCAGGAAGAUCAUGUACGAGCCUCACUGUUUCGUGGACGAGUCUUGCGACAACCGAACACACCCCUUCCCGGGCAGCAUAGACCUGGAGCACGGACUCUAUGAGGGUGUCCUGGUGUGGAUGCGGCGUGCAUACGACUUCCAUCACACGUACGACCACAUCCACGGCACCACGCGACGCCUCCGCCAGGCGGACCGCCACAGGCGGUCGCUCAGAGGGGGAACGGCACACCGGUCAGCAGAACAAACCAUACCAGAGCAUUCUUGGCAUUCUUCUGAGGCCGUGUACGUGCAGGGUGAAUGGGAGCAGCAGUACUGCCUUUCGGCAGCUGUAUGGGCGCGACUUUUCCGAACUAUUCCAGGAGGAUGACAUGCCACUCACGUACCGUACCCACACCAGCCCAAACGCGGCGACACGAAGGCGGCGGACUCUCUGUGUGUUGUGUUGUGCGGCAUCGCAGGAUUGAUCUGGAGCGUCCCCUGUGGUUUUGGUUCCUCACGAAUGCGGUCGAGUACGAUCUCACUGCAGGACUCCUCCAGCUGGAGAAGACAUUCCUCGAGGUGUGUUCCAGGCAGGCACGCAGGCAGGGAGGCAGGGGACUUGAGAACGGCAUGUGUCUCCUCUCCCCUCCCCCGACACAGGACACGGAGGAUGAGCUGGCACUCGACAAGAGUUUGCUAUGGGCGCUGACGGCCGUGGCCUUCGCCAUCAUCGCCAUCUGCGUAGCUAUCUUCCACGUCGUCUUCAACAACAUGCGCAAACAAGUAUACUGGCCACCGAGCCAACCAAAACAGAAUACAGAGAGAGACACAGCCGACUGUGUAUGUGUGUCUCAGGUUCGGUACGCCGUGACCUUCCUGUGGACGCUGCCGUGGGUGCUGACGGUGGAUCACGAGCUCAUCGCCCGCUUCUUCGACCCACACUACAAAGAGCAAGAAGAUAACGAGUCGAGCGAGGGCGACAGCUCGCCUGUCUCGCCGCAAAAGAAUACAAAUGCCGAGGAAGUCGUUGCUGUAAAGACAGAGCCCUUUGCCGAUUUGUUUGCCAAGGCCAAGCUCAAGGAUGCUAUGACCGGCAAGAAACAGGCCGCCGAAUAGAGGCUCACGAGAUGGCGGGUGCGUGUUCAUUAUUUCUCCUUUGGUGCUCAUUUGUCGGGUGGGUGCG